AUGGAAGCAUGGCAUAUUGCCGCUAAUAUGAUCGGCCUGUUGUCCUUCGCGCCCCUCGUUCGUAAUAAGCUGGGGACGGAUCAUUUUAUGUUCUUCUACUUGUCUUCCUGCUUCUUCUCGUCGUACUGCUCUUGGAUCUGGAGAUGUGUUCGAUUACGAUCCGCCGUUUCCUCUUUGGGAGCCUCAGGAGCUGUUUAUGCAGUUACAGCGCUCGCUGCCUUCUUUCAUGAUAUAGACAGUGCCCUUCUAUGCGUGUGCAUAUUUGAGAUAAUUUCUUUAUUCCGGAAUUCGCCAUUCGAUAAUGUUGCUCACUUGUCUGGAAUACUCUGGGGAUUCGGAGAAUAUUAUGGAGAUAUUGGGGAAGAUAUGUAUACAGGAGUUAUUUGA